CUAUGCACAUUUCAUACUGUCAAAUCCCAAUAUAUGGAAAAAAUAAAGCAGCUAGAAAUUUGCUGUGUUGUGUUAUUGAAGUAAAUUAUAUUGGAAAUAUAUAUCAAAUAUAUCGAAUUUUUGAGAAUUUUCUUUGCAACAUUAGAGAAAUGGAUCGUUUAUUACGUUUGGGCGGUGCUAUGCCGCAAGCUCCACCACCAACAGAUGCUCCUGUCGUAGAUACCGCUGAACAAGUUUACAUCUCGUCACUGGCUUUAUUAAAAAUGCUUAAACAUGGUCGUGCUGGAGUGCCUAUGGAAGUAAUGGGUUUAAUGUUGGGCGAAUUCGUCGAUGAUUAUACGGUGCAAGUUGUAGAUGUAUUCGCGAUGCCUCAGACUGGAACAGGAGUCUCAGUGGAAGCGGUAGAUCCCGUCUUCCAAGCUAAAAUGUUGGAUAUGUUAAAACAAACGGGACGCCCUGAAAUGGUAGUAGGAUGGUACCAUUCACAUCCCGGUUUCGGUUGUUGGUUAUCCGGAGUAGAUAUUAACACACAACAAUCAUUUGAGGCACUUUCCGAAAGAGCUGUGGCUGUCGUCGUUGAUCCCAUACAGUCUGUUAAAGGUAAAGUGGUUAUUGAUGCUUUUCGUUUAAUCAAUCCCAAUAUGCUUGUAUUGGGUCAAGAACCUCGUCAAACUACCUCCAAUUUGGGACACCUGCAAAAACCUUCGGUACAGGCUUUAAUACACGGCCUAAAUCGUCAUUACUAUUCAAUUAGUAUUAAUUACCGUAAAAAUGAAUUGGAGCAGAAAAUGUUAUUAAAUUUGCACAAAAAAUCAUGGAAAGACGGUCUUACACUGGCCGAUUAUAACGAGCAUUGCUCUAUCAAUGAGAGUACGGUACAAGAAAUGCUUGAAUUGGCUAAAAAUUAUAAUAAGGCUCUAGAAGAUGAAGAAAAAAUGACUCCUGAACAGUUGGCUAUUAAAAAUGUUGGUAAACAGGAUCCCAAACGACAUUUGGAAGAGAAGGUUGAUAAAGUUAUGCAAAAUAACAUUGUUCAGUGUUUAGGUGCUAUGCUGGAUAUAGGCUUUCAUGCCAACAGUUGGUAAAGCACUCUAUUCCAAGCCUGUUCAAAUAUCUCUUAAGGCACGUGAGACAUCUAAAAUACGAUUGACGCUACUACUUAACAGAAUACUUUGAAGUUUGCUUGUGUUAAUACCAAAAUACAUACACUCAAAA